UAUCCUGAUCAAAGAGGCGAUGAACUGGGAGGACGCCUUGUACUACUGCAGAGAUCACCACCAUGACCUGGUCACCAUCACCAACAUGGAUGAUCAGAGAUGGAUCCAGAAAAAAGUCAAGAACGCAUCGACUGAUUAUGUCUGGAUGGGUCUGAGCUACGCCUGCACUCUGGAUUUCUGGUUCUGGGUCAGUGAUGAUGUGGUCAGCUACAAGAACUGGGCCUCAGGUGAACCGAUGGACGACUGUGACAUGUCUGGAGCCAUGGAGACGGGAGGAAAACAUCAGUGGUUUAAAAAAAAGGAUACUGAGAAGUUUAAUUUCAUCUGUUCUAAGAAUUAAAUCUGAAACUGUCCCCUGUGAGAAACUAUUUCCUCUGUUUUCAUCAUUGCAUGUUUAAUUUGAAUCAUGGUUUGUUGUUAUAUGUAUCAUAUAAAAUUAAAUGUUGUGCUUUAUGUGAAAGAAUUACCAGGACAUUUUAAACACUUUGCUUAUGAUUAACUAAAUUACCUUGGAGUGGGUUUGCUUUACUUUUUCAGUUUUCUUUAUCAUAUUGAAUGAACAU